AUGGACUCACAACUUAUCAAGACAGUAAACAAACUGCAAGAUGCCUUUGCUACAGUGGGAGUGCACAAUCCAGUCGAUUUACCUCAAAUUGCAGUGAUCGGUUCUCAAAGUAGUGGCAAAAGUUCAGUGCUGGAAAACAUUGUUGGUAGAGACUUUUUACCUCGAGGCACUGGUAUUGUCACACGUCGACCUCUUAUCCUCCAACUCAUCAACCGAGCUGCAUCCAGCAACACACCUACUUCACCCAAAAAUGACCAAGUGCCCUCUUCUGACGCCCAAGAAAACCAAGAUGAAUGGGGCGAGUUCUUGCAUUUGCCAGGACAAAAGUUUUACAACUUUAACAAGAUUAGGGAGGAGAUCGUGAAGGACACGGAGUUGAAGACAGGCAAAAACGUUGGCAUCUCACCACAGCCCAUCAAUUUACGUAUUUUCUCGCCCAAUGUGUUGACCUUGACCUUGAUCGAUUUACCUGGAUUAACAAAAGUGCCUGUGGGAGAUCAGCCCAAAGACAUUGAAAAGCAAAUUCGCGACAUGAUCCUCAAAUACGUCACUAAACCCAAUGCCAUCAUCUUGGCAGUUACUGCUGCAAACACUGACUUGGCAAAUUCAGAUGGCUUGAAAUUAGCCAGAGAAGUCGAUCCUGAGGGUUUGCGUACAAUCGGUGUCUUGACAAAGGUGGAUUUGAUGGAUCAAGGUACUGAUGUGAUUGAUAUCUUGGCUGGACGAGUCAUUCCCUUGAGGUUGGGCUAUGUUCCUGUUGUGAAUCGUGGUCAACGCGAUAUCGACAAUAAGAAAUCCAUCUCCAAGGCAUUGAGUGCUGAGCGGGAAUAUUUCGAAAAUCAUGCUUCCUACAGAAGUAAAGCUCAGUACUGCGGUACUCCAUUCUUGGCACGCAAAUUGAACAUGAUCUUGAUGCAUCAUAUCCGUAAUACCCUUCCUGAAAUCAAAGCCAAGAUUCAGGCUGCUUUGACAAAAUACCAACAAGAGCUAUUGCAGUUGGGCGAUCCUUUAAGCGAUGGAUCCAACUCUGGCCAAGCCAAUCUGGUGCUCAACAUCAUCACUGAAUUCUGUACUGAAUUUAGAACUAUCAUUGAUGGUAACUCGAAUGAUCUCACAAGCUUUGAAUUGUCUGGUGGUGCAAGAAUCAGUUUUGUCUUUCAUGAACUCUACUCGAACGGUGUCAAAAGUGUGGAUCCCUUGGAACAAAUCAAGGAUGUCGAUAUCCGUACCAUUCUUUACAACUCUUCUGGUUCUUCCCCUGCUCUGUUUGUCGCAACCACUGCAUUUGAAGUCAUUAUCAAGCAACAAAUCAAACGUUUGGAGGAACCCAGUGUCAAGUGUAUCAACAUGGUGUAUGAUGAAUUGGUUCGCAUUUUGAGUCAAUUGUUGAACAAACAGUUCUUUAAACGAUUCCCUGCUCUUAAAGAAAGAUUCUAUCAAGUUGUGCUGUCCUUCUUCAAGAAGGCUCUCACGCCUACUAGCAAGUUGGUGACUGAUCUUGUUGCUAUGGAGGCUUGUUAUAUCAACACGGCCCAUCCUGAUUUUUUGAGUGGACAUCAAGCUAUUGCCAUCGUCAAUGAACAAUUACAAGCCAAAAAUCAACCUGCACAAAUUACGGAUAAACAACACAAUGGUACAACAAACGGUGUUAGUAGACAGCAGCAAUUAGCUGCUUUACAAACAAACACUCAUUCCAGCGCAUCUAGCUUUGACUCUAAUUCCGAUCAAAAUGGAUCCUUCUUUGGCAGCUUCUUCUCUGGCCCUAAAAAGACCAAAAAGACGGCAGGUGCAUUAAUGGAAGCUCCUCCUGCUACUUUGAAAGCUAUGGGUGCUUUAUCCGAACGUGAAUUCAUGGAGACCGAAGUCAUCAAGCUUCUAAUUCAAUCUUACUACAAUAUUGUUAAACGUACCAUGAUUGAUAUGGUACCCAAGGCUAUCAUGUUGAAUUUAGUUAGUCAUGCCAAGGAGGAACUUCAAAGAGAGCUCUUGUCUGAAUUGUACAAGGCAGAAGUAUUGGAUGAUUUGCUGCAGGAAUCAGAGUUUACUCAACAAAGAAGAAAAGAGUGCAAGAAGAUGAUUGAGGCUCUACAAAAGGCAGAUGAAAUUGUUGGGUCUGUUUAA